AUGAUGCUCCAACUACAUCAAGGACUGGUGCUGUCGGUGGCGCUCUACGCGCUGCCGCUGCUCAGCCUCAACACCUCACAGGCAGCAAACCUCGAGACAGUCCACCGGAUCGCACUUAGGAUCUGCCUCGGCAUAUCCAGGUCGGCGGCGUCCAUCCCGACGUACACGGAAGCUGGAGCCAACACCGUCAGCAACCAUCUCCAAAAGCGCGCACUUGGGCACCUCAUCCGCAUUUCCACCUGCGAGUCCGCGGCACCGCUGCUGGCACGCAUCGCGGAGAGGCCCGAGUCGCGCUUGGGGCAGCUUCUGUGCGUUUUGGGGGACGUCGCAGGCCCUGCUCCGGCGAUAACUCCCCUCCCACCAUUGCACUCCGAACCCCAUCCACUGACUGUCCGCCUCCGAGUCGACGGGAUGGGCCCUCGACGGAGGACGGCCGACGUCGUGGCCAAACAGCUGACGGAGGACCACAUCGAGCGGCACCACCCCGGCUGGGCAAGGGUGUACACCGACGGCUCCGUGCGGCCCAGCGACGGCUCGUCGACGGCGGCUGUCUUUGUGGAGAGGGCAGACCUGGGCGUGGGCGAACGGUUCGCCUUCCACGCCACCAGCACCACCACGGAGCUGGCGGCGAUCCUUCUGGCGCUGCGCCUGAUCCACUACAAGAGCCGACGCCCGGACAGCUGGCUGCUGCUCUCCGACUCCCAGGCGGCCCUGUCUCAGCUGUACGGGCUCGAGGGGGCAUGCCCCCUCGCUCGGGAGAUCGCUGGUGAGGCUCUGCUUCUCGGCGGCCUCGGCCACCGCUUGGCGUUCCAGUGGGUCCCGAGCCACUGCGGGAUUCCUGGCAACGAGCGCGCGGACGCCCUGGCGGAGCGGGUCCAUGACGCCGCCGAGUUCCGGACGUCGGACAUGGGCCCCUUCGCCGACGCCAAGCUUCUUAUCGCACGGGAGGCCGCCGCAAACCACCCGGACGAGCGGUACGCGGCCGGGGCCCGACCGGCGAAGCCCCCUCGGGGCACGGGCCGUCCAGCCGCCGCAGUCGUCCACAGGAUCCGGACGGGGUGCGCCCUGACGCCGGCACGGAUGCAUCUCCUGCGCAACGAGGCCGACCCGGAAUGCCCGACUUGCGGAGAAUGGUCGGAUCUCGACCACCUCCUCCUGACCUGCCCGGCACACGCUGACGCCCGGGCGGCCAUGACAACAUCCCUCGCCGCACUGGGGCUACCCUGCAACACCACAGAACAAAUACUGAGACCCAGGGGCGACCGGCGCGGCAAAGACCGCGCGCUCAGGGCCCUACUGACCUUUCUGGAAGAAACCUGGCUCCUGUGGUCCCUCUGAACUUCCUCCGGGCGCCCGCCGACUGCGGAGCGGGGCCCUGACGGCUGUGCUCAGUCGUGCCCUGGACGCUCGCUUUGGCGCGCACCUGCCGCGUG